UCUUGACGUGGCAGAGGCGGCGCCAGCCAUGUUGGCCGAGCGGAGGUCUUCGCUGAGGCCCGGGGCGGGGUGGCGCCACCCCUGAUUGCGGUGCCACGGACUGCUCCUGCUGGGCGGAGAGGACAGAUUUUGCAAAGCGGAGGCUGCGACGGGUCCUGCAGGGGGACAGUGAGGUAAGGGCCGCCUCGUCUCCGCUCCUGGGGGAUCGCAGAAAUAAGAAUCAAACUCCACAAUGACAACCUAUUUGGAAUUCAUUCAACAAAAUGAAGAACGAGAUGGAGUCCGAUUUAGUUGGAAUGUUUGGCCAUCAAGUCGACUGGAAGCUACAAGAAUGGUUGUUCCUGUGGCAGCCCUCUUUACACCACUGAAAGAGAGACCUGACUUACCACCUAUUCAAUAUGAACCUGUUCUGUGUAGUAGGACCACUUGCCGUGCAGUUUUGAAUCCUUUAUGUCAAGUGGAUUAUCGAGCAAAACUUUGGGCUUGCAACUUUUGUUAUCAAAGGAAUCAGUUUCCACCUAGCUAUGCUGGUAUAUCUGAACUGAAUCAGCCUGCUGAACUUUUACCUCAGUUUUCUAGCAUUGAAUAUGUAGUUCUGCGUGGUCCUCAGAUGCCUUUGAUAUUCCUCUAUGUGGUUGAUACUUGCAUGGAAGAUGAAGAUUUACAAGCCCUGAAAGAAUCCAUGCAGAUGUCAUUAAGUCUUUUACCACCUACAGCUUUGGUUGGACUUAUUACUUUUGGGAGAAUGGUUCAGGUUCAUGAACUUGGAUGUGAAGGCAUUUCAAAAAGCUAUGUCUUCAGAGGAACAAAAGAUUUGUCUGCCAAACAACUGCAGGAAAUGCUGGGGCUCUCUAAAGUACCAGUUACUCAAGCGACACGUGGUCCUCAGGUACAGCAGCCACCUCCUUCCAACAGAUUCUUACAACCAGUACAGAAAAUAGACAUGAAUCUCACAGAUCUUCUAGGAGAACUCCAGCGAGACCCUUGGCCUGUACCACAGGGAAAGAGACCUUUGCGUUCCUCCGGAGUGGCACUUUCCAUAGCUGUAGGACUGCUGGAGUGUACUUUUCCCAACACUGGUGCUCGUAUCAUGAUGUUCAUUGGCGGUCCUGCUACUCAGGGGCCUGGAAUGGUGGUUGGAGAUGAGUUGAAGACACCUAUAAGAUCGUGGCAUGACAUUGACAAAGACAAUGCCAAAUAUGUUAAAAAGGGAACUAAGCAUUUUGAAGCAUUGGCUAAUCGAGCUGCUACAACUGGCCAUGUUAUUGAUAUCUAUGCGUGUGCAUUAGAUCAGACAGGUCUCCUGGAGAUGAAAUGCUGUCCCAACCUUACUGGAGGAUACAUGGUAAUGGGUGAUUCUUUCAAUACUUCUUUAUUCAAACAAACUUUUCAAAGAGUCUUUACCAAAGACAUGCAUGGACAGUUUAAAAUGGGCUUUGGUGGUACACUAGAAAUAAAGACCUCAAGGGAAAUAAAGAUUUCAGGAGCUAUUGGACCCUGUGUGUCACUCAAUUCUAAAGGACCCUGUGUGUCUGAAAAUGAGAUAGGAACAGGUGGCACAUGUCAGUGGAAGAUAUGUGGACUUAGUCCCACUACAACCUUAGCCAUAUAUUUUGAGGUUGUCAAUCAGCAUAAUGCUCCAAUUCCUCAAGGAGGGCGUGGUGCAAUCCAGUUUGUGACUCAGUAUCAGCAUUCAAGUGGGCAGAGACGCAUCCGAGUGACCACCAUUGCUAGGAACUGGGCAGAUGCUCAAACUCAAAUCCAAAACAUUGCUGCAUCUUUUGACCAGGAGGCAGCUGCCAUUCUUAUGGCCCGGCUAGCAAUAUAUAGAGCAGAAACAGAAGAAGGUCCAGAUGUGCUUAGGUGGCUGGACAGACAGCUCAUUCGACUGUGUCAGAAAUUUGGAGAAUAUCAUAAAGAUGACCCAAGUUCCUUCAGAUUUUCAGAAACUUUCUCCCUUUAUCCACAGUUUAUGUUUCAUUUAAGAAGAUCUUCUUUCCUGCAAGUUUUUAACAAUAGUCCUGAUGAGAGUUCAUAUUAUCGUCACCAUUUUAUGCGUCAAGAUCUGACCCAGUCUCUAAUUAUGAUUCAGCCUAUCCUGUAUGCAUAUUCUUUUAGUGGUCCACCAGAGCCGGUUCUUCUUGAUAGCAGUAGCAUUCUUGCAGAUCGUAUUCUUCUCAUGGACACAUUCUUCCAGAUUUUGAUUUAUCAUGGUGAGACCAUAGCACAGUGGCGGAAGUCAGGAUACCAGGACAUGCCUGAAUAUGAAAAUUUCCGCCACCUUCUGCAAGCCCCAGUGGAUGAUGCACAGGAAAUUCUUCACUCCAGAUUUCCAAUGCCAAGAUACAUUGACACUGAACAUGGAGGCAGCCAGGCCCGUUUCCUUCUUUCAAAAGUCAACCCUUCACAGACUCAUAAUAAUAUGUAUGCCUGGGGGCAGGAGUCUGGAGCACCUAUUCUUACAGAUGAUGUUAGUUUACAAGUGUUUAUGGAUCACUUGAAGAAACUUGCUGUGUCCAGUGCUGCUUGAAGUGCUAAACAUGUUAAAGACACUUAAGAAGAUGAAAUAAUAUUCAAAUUUCAUUUUUUCCUUUUUCCAUUUAUCUGUGGAAACCAACAGAUAUUGCUCUAUAUUUUUUGUAUUAGUAUGGUUUGAGACAACAUAUGGAAAGUGUUCACAUUUGUAGAUUAAGCUGGAAUUAUAAUGAGAGCAAUAAGAACAAAUUUAUUUUGCUUACCACAGUGUUAUAACUGGUUCUAGAAAUUUGAAGUCUUUAUAACUUAAUUAUGUUUAAUAAAAAAUAGAGUCUGCCUUGUACUACAGAUGUAACUCAUUUGUAUAUUGCAGACAGACCCAAAGUGGCACUGAAUUUCCUUGCUCACCUUUUAAAAACUUGUUCCUUAAUUUUAGCCAGAAAGCAAAAAAACAAUAGUAAUGGUAAAUGUGAACAUUUUUGCUUAUUCAUUGAAUAUUUUUCUGUAAUUUUCAGCACUUAUAUAUACACUUUUUCUGUACUUACUAGGUUAAGGCAGAUUUAUUUUUAUGAUUUGUUUAGGAAUUAUUUGAUUUUAUAAUGGUAAUUUUCAUGAUGAUAAUGUUUUUGGUUAUUUGGAAAGAGUUUAGAGAAGAAAGGUUUUUUUGGGUAACAGUCCUGCAGCUGACAAUAAAUGUGAAAUUUCCACAAAAUAUCCAACUUAUGUGACUAAACACAGUAGUUUUUUUAAAAGGGGAGAUAGAAAAUAAAUCGUUUUGUUGGAGUGCAUUUUAGUAAGCCUUUGCAGUAAAAUGACUGUUGUAACUACUAAACCAAAUUUAGUUUUCACAGCAUGAUUUUGUUGUUUUCCCCUUGUUUUUCUGAGGUAAAUUUUACAUUAUAUCCUUCAGUAUUUUAACACUAUUUUGUCAGUUUACACAUUACUUUUUGUUUUUCCUUCCUUUUUGUGAAAUGUAUUAAGUUGUGGUUCUUAUUGAAACAGUAUUAUAUAAUGUUUGCUUAAUUAUAUCAUGUGAUGCUCAGUUCUAUUUUGAUUUAUUCAUUAGUAUUCACUUUUACCUUUAAAGUUUACUUGUAGCAAAUAUGUUUACAUUGAUAAAGCCAGAUAUGUUUUGACAAUGAAAUUUACAUAUCAAGUACUGCAAAUAAAAGGUGGUGCUAUGAUAUAUGCUUAGGAGGACAGUUUUAAUGAUUGUACUUGCAUGAACACAAUCAUAUGAUGGUAAAACAGAAACUUAAGAAAAAAUUGUUUAUAUGUUAUAUUCAAUUAGCUUAAAUAAGUUGCUUUGUUAUAUUUUAUUUGAAUUGAACUAUGCUAGGCCUAAAUGCCAAUAAAAUAUACUUUUCACUGUU